AUGGAUUACGACGAGAUUUUAUUUGGAUUAAAUCCACUAAUUAAUAUCACAUCUGCAGACUCUGACAUUCCUAUAGAAAAUGAUCUUAUUAUCAAUAGUUAUGUGACAGUUUUGGACCAAUUGGCUGUCUGCUUGAGAGCUCCCAAAAAUAGGGACAUCAUAAGAGAAUCAAAUCUUUUCAAUCAAUUGAAUAGGAUAUUGGAGUUAUCUUUGGAUGAAUUGUUUAAAUUUCCUAAUAUUGACAACUGGUGCAAACUUUGUUCUGAAUUGAUCAGAUGUGUCGCCAAUUCUCUCAUCGAUAAUAAUCUAAAUAGAAAAAUUUGGUAUAAUGGGAAAAAUAAUAAAUUUAUAAAAUAUUAUUUUAAUAAAAUUUUAAGCCUAUCUUUUAAUAGUAAUAAUAGCAAUACAAAUCACGAUAUUUAUAUGAGAGCUAUUGUUUUGAUCAGAAAUUUCAUAUUGGAGGAACACGAGACUGAUGAAUAUAAAAAAUUCUGUUGCAAGUUUAUAUUUAAAUCCCUAUUAAAGUUUUUAGAAAGUAUAAUUAAUGUUUUCAGAGAGGAUGAAUACAACGAUGUGGCAAUUCUAGGCUUUGAUUUGUUGGACGAAUUAAUUCCGUAUUACAAUAACAAUGAUGAUAUCUCAACGCUUUUAAUUGUUUCCAAAUUUCUCCAUAAAGUAGCAAUAACCACUAACUCCGAAGAGUUUGAAUCUGUGAAUAGGCUUGAGAAUGAUGACAAUGACGAUUAUGAAGAAACUAUUAGUGAAUCGCUAUUAAAAAGUACAACCAAUAUACUAGAAAGUUUACUUAAAAAUGAAAAUAUAAAAUUUGGGACUUCCUUAAAUGUUGUUUCUCAAAUCAACAGCGCUUUAUUUAGUUCUUUAUCCCAUUUAGAAUUAAUAUUUGAUUUGCCAUCAAGGUUGAUAAUUUUAAGAAGAAUAAGUACAUCACUGGGCUUAAUAUCUGCAAAUGAAACAAAUCCAAAUAAACAAGAUGUUCCUUUUUUCAUUGAAAACAUCAAUUUCUGCAAAGCGCAAUCAUAUACUAUUUUUGCUUCCAUGCUAUGUCUUUCAAAUUCUAUAACUGCUAGAAACGAUGUUAACUCAAUUUUGAAACAUUUGUCGUACCAUACAAUCAUAACCAAAGCCAAAAUUUUUAAUGAUCCAUGGCAAUAUCAAGGCUUUUUGGAUCUAUUGAAGAAAAUGAUUUCCAUUGUAAAUUACCCUGAAGAUUCAACAGAUAUCUCCAAUAUGUUCAAGAUUUUAUUGAAUGCGCAUACUCAGUGUAAAUUCUACCCUCAAUUAGCACCAUUGUUGGAAAACUUAUUGAAUAAAUUAUUGGCUAUUUUACCAAGUUCUCAAUUAUCUAAAUCAACAGAACUAUCCACAAUAGUUUUAGAUAAAGGGGGCGAGACAUGUUGUUUAUAUAUUAUUAAAGCAUUUAGAAACAUACAAGGUCCCGAAGUCGGAAAUGAUGAUAUAAAAAAAUACUGGAAUGCAUGUUUUAAAGUUGAACAGCAUGGUAAAAUUGAUAUCAAGUAUUUAUUUGAACUUUUAAAGGCCAUAGGUGUCUACAUAAGAGAUUUUGGUGACAGGUCUAUAUUUAUAACUGACCGCGAGUUUUCUAAUAAAUUAUUGACAAUAUUAUAUGUAAUAAACGAACAAAUUUUGGAGAAUAAUGAUCAUGAUAAUAGUGCAGCGGAAAGAGCUGUUUUAAAUAAUGCAAAAUUUGUUUGCGGUAUGGUUUUGAAUCAUGCUGACGUAAACCAAACACCUGAUUUAAUUAAGUGCGAAUUACUAGGACCAAUAUCAUUAUUUAUUCAGAUAUGCAUGGGUGCUUCUGCAAUAGGUAUUUUAAUUUGGAAAAGAAACUAUCAUGAACAUCCGAAAAGAAGAUGGAGAGUAUGGUUCUUCGAUAUAAAUAAACAGAUAUUGGGCGCAAUUACAAUUCAUACGUUGAAUAUAGCAUUAAGUGUUUUUAGAAAUUCUUUAGGCACCGUAACUUCUACCAAUACUCAAGAGGAUGACCAAUGCGAUUGGUAUUUUUUAAAUUUAUUGUUAGAUACCACUAUUGGGAUACCUAUUCUUUGGGUAUUUUUAUAUAUUGUGGAAGGUACUUGCAGACUUUUACGAAUUAGAAACAUAGAAAGCGGUAAUUAUUUUGAUAUGACUACAAAAAAAGGACCUUUGUAUUCUGCUUUUUUUAAACAACUAGGAAUAUUCAUAAGUUCUUUGAUGAUGAUGAAAGGUGUAAUUUAUAUCAUAUUGAAUUCAUUUGAAUCUUUUGCUGAUUGGUUUGCUGAUCUGGUUUUAAAUUGGGCAGAUGCUUGGCCUAAUUUCCAGGUUUUUUUGGUAAUGUUUGUCUGGCCAGUUAUUUUAAAUUGUUUUCAAUAUUAUUGCAUUGACAAUAUAAUCAAGGUACCUUCAUCCAUGGAUUAUUCCGAUAAUUUUGUCCUUGAAGCUGACGAGGAGAGAGAGUGUGCCAAUAAUAGGAAUUUUUAUAGUUGUGAAGAACAUCAAUGUAUUGUUUGA